UGUUUUAUGUUUUGUUGUUCCAUUGUUUUAGGUGUGUACAUAAUAUUUUAAAAUAUUGAUAUUAUGACUCAGCAUGGAUUCUCCAGAGUUGAAAAGAGCAAGACUCAUUCCUGAUCCAACUGUUGAAACAGUUACCAUUCAAGAAGGAUCUGCUGGUUUUUAUCAAACUGGGAAUUGUCAGAUAUGCGAAGACAAAGCAACUGGCAAGCAUUAUGGCGCAAUAAGCUGUGACGGCUGCAAAGGAUUCUUUCGACGCAGCAUUCGAAAGAGUCAGACAUAUGUGUGCAGGUUUGGCAAGGACUGCAAGAUCAGCAAAGACAACCGAAAUCAAUGUAGGUUUUGUCGAUUGAGAAGAUGUUUCCGUGUUGGUAUGAAGAAGGAAGCCGUACAGAACGAAAGGGAUAAGAUAACUCGUAAACCUGCUGAAGAGAGUGAACGCGUUCUUUCGCCACAGACAUUAGUGUCUGCUGAGAUCCUUUCAAGGCCUGCUCAAUCACCGUCAGAUGGCAAUCGAGGUCGAGAAGCAACCAGUAACGAUAUCGUGGAAUCCAUGAAACAGCAGCUUCUUGUGUUAGUGGAGUGGGCCAAAUACAUACCCGUAUUUUGCGAGCUUCCAUUGGACGAUCAGGUGUCGUUAUUGCGUGCGCACGCCAGCGAGCAUUUGGUCCUUGGCGUUGCUCGACGCUCCAUGUUGUACAGGGACGCUCUACUACUAGGUAAUGAUCUAGUCAUCUCUCGCGCUCAACCCGAGCUAGAAAUUCGACGCAUCGCUGUUAAGGUCAUCGACGAAAUAGUUAAGCCCAUGGUGGAACUAGAUGUAGACGAUACAGAGUACGCCUGCUUAAAAGCGAUCGUGUUUUUUAAUCCAGACGCGAGGGGACUAAGCGAUACCAAGAAAAUCAAACAACUACGCUUUGAGGUGCAAACCUCCCUCGAAGAUUACAUUAAUGAGCGCUCGUUUGAUUGUCGUGGAAAGUUUGGCGAAAUCCUGCUGCUACUGCCUACGUUGCAAUCUGCCGCCACGAGUAUGGUUGAACAGUUGCAAUUCGCGCGAUUGUUUGGUGUUGCAAAAGUUGACAACCUGCUGCAAGAAAUGCUACUUGGAGGUUCUGGUGUGCAAGACCAACUUGACGCGCUAACUCUUUCGCCACUUCAAGCCGACGAUCCGGAAACUACUACCAGUUGUCAACAAUGCAUGGGACUCUCGCAACUUUCGUUCGCAGCAAGUACUUUGACACCAGCCACCGUACACAGUCACGACGGGAACAUAAUGUCGCACACCCACACACACGUCAACAACAUUAAUACAAUACAAAUCGCCAAUGCCUCGCAACCAGGUGGCGUCAUCACGCAGCAACUAACUGAUCUCGAUAAACAAUCUCCGUUUCAGGACGCAGGGGUCCUGAGUAUUUCAAUAAACCAAUUAACAUCGUCCGGGCAGGACUUGAAUCCGGUAAUCGGUGUUAAAAACGAAGAAGACAUAUAAAAUAUUUUAUUGACCGACCGUAAUAUUUUUUACAUAUAUAUAUAUAUAUAUAAAAGCAUAAUUAUUCUUAGUACCAGACACGCGUAGAUGUGAAUAUAACUGACUUAUUAUUUUAAAAAUAAAACCAGGUUGCAAUCCAGUAACGACUUCCAGCGAUGGCCCGAUAGUUGACUCGAAAUGACAACUGGAAACGCCCAAUUAAACCUAAAACUCCGAUCUUUGAAGUUAAUGCAGAUACUGUACUAUAAUCUUGACAUUGCUGACGAUGCAUUUUUUUGCAAUGCACAAUACAUGGUGUAUCAGCGUUGUUGUUAAUUUUUAUAAAGAUAUUUGUUGUAUGUGUAUAUGUAUGUUCUGGUGUACACAUUGAAAUUUGCUUCAGGUUACUCAAUAUACACGCUUUUUUAAACGCGUAUCAAAGAUAAGAAAAUUUUUUAAGUUUUUGAAAUUUUAUGUUUGGGAGAAAUUACAGGUUGUUUUUUUUUGUUGUCAUUUUGUAUGUGGAAUAAAUUAUCAGCCCGUCUUUUUU